CAAAUAGUUUCAAGAUGGUGGUUUACCAACCAAACAAGAAGCGUUCUGGUAACCACGGAAACCAUUUGAGAAGAUAAAUCAUCAGAGGUCAUAUUAUUUGAAGUAUCGUUUGUAUGUGAAAUAUGGCAGUUUAUUUUGACCAACGCUUGGAAACAGACCUUACUGCCAUCAAGACAGAUAUAUCAUGGCACAAAAUAUUUCCACUUCUUGCCACAGCAGUGUAUCUAGAAGAUCAAGGUGGAACUGUUCAGAUCUUUCAAGAAGAGGGUGAGCGUGUUCAAGGGCCAACCAUCCAGAAAUCGUUUCAAGUGACAUCUCUGUCAUGGCAUCCCACCAAGAAGAUCCUAGCUGUAGGCUGGGAGAGUGGAGAACUACUGAUAUGGAAUGGACAGGACUUAGAACUUAUGGAGUCUGCACCCCUCCACAAGUCAGCACUCACUGUCCUUGGCUGGAGUUCCAAUGGAACAAGAUUAGCCUCAGCUGAUAAGUCUGGAAAUAUUAUUGUGUGGAAAGCUGACUCAAGAGGAAGGCUUCAGCAAGUUCCUGUCUGUCAGCAUGCGGUUCAGGAGCCUCUGACAAAGAUUGUCUUCAGACCACCCCCACCUUCAGACUCUGCUACUGAUAUAAGCAACUUGGCUAGGGCAGCUGUGAGUGGGGAUGAAAAUGCCUUGGAUAUGUUCAACUGGAAGAAAGGAAAGAGUGGUGUGAUGAUUGGCUCUUCAUUGGGAUCUUCUGAGUCGUUGGCCUUCUUUGUGGCUGGAGCCAGUGGUGGGGUGUACUAUGUAAAUGAGGAUGGAAAGUGUAUACAGUGUUUCUCAGUAGACUACUGUGUGAAGACAUUACUGUACUACAGAGAGAAAGAUAUCCUGGUGACUAUAACAGACAAUCUCAUGCUGACCCAGCAUAAUGUGUUACCUGAGGGCGAUGUCAGUGAGAUACUGAAGGUUAAGCUCAGUGGGAAGUCUGAAGAAGCCAACAUUGUUUGGGCUGGUAAAGGUAUCUUAGCCACAGCCACUGGAGAAGGUGUUCUCAGGAUGUGGGACAUGAAUGUGGAAGAGAACUAUGUGCUGUCACUGGACGGUCACAGUGGCUAUGAUCCCAAUGAGGGUAUUCUGUGUGUGGCCUACUGUGAAAACAAAGGAAUUCUAGCAGCAGGAACGAACAUGGGGAACAUAGCUAUGUGGAAAUACUCCUCCCCAUUUGCUGUUGGAAUGAAGAAGAUAGAGGGAGAGAGUAAGUGGAAGCUGCAGGCCCCCUCCACUGUUGAAGGCCCUGUUAGACAACUACAGUGGGGUUCAUCUAAGAACAUGUUGUGUGCUAACACCUUCAACAACAUCUUUAUUUUGAGUGAACAGGUGAUGAAUUCCAGUUUCCAUGGAGAGACCUCUGUGAUACAGGUUGGACCAUGUAACCUGAUCAUUGACAUGUUUGACACAGGAAAUCACCAUGAACUGAAAACAGAUAUGCAAGUAAAAGGCGUCUACACUACAAAAGAAGCCUUGGCAGUGUGGAAUGGUAAAAAGGUGAAUGUGUAUGAGUACUCUGAAGACAAGUCUGUGAUCCGGGCUGUAGGUGCCUUCGCAACAGAAUCUAUGCGGUUAGCUAUAUAUGACCAGAACAUUUACACAGUAGAGCCUGGGAAAGUUCAAGUGCGGACAUUUCAGGGUACAGUGAAACAACUGCUGUCUUGCAGUGAAGUUGAGGGAGAGCCUAUUGAUAUAGAUAUCUGUGGAAACUAUCUAGUCAUAGCGACAUCAAAUGGAGUGCUCAAGACAUAUGACCUAUCAAGAAGGGAGGCUAAACCUCACAGUAACCCAAAAGUUAUGGGAGAGUUAAUCCAAGGCUUCGGUAGCAUCCAAUCAGCCCGCUGUAACUGUAGUGGGAGUCGGGUCAGCAUUCAGGUUAUUAAGAGUGAUGGUGAGCCUGACCCUAAGCUGUACUUCUGGGAUCUAGAGCAAGACACUGUACAGUUCUUCAACUUUGAGAGUGGACGUGGGGAACAGGAUGACUACCCAAACACAACUCAGAAUGGAGACGAUGAAGCAGAUGAUCUGAAUGAUCAGGAAAGGGGGAAGAACCAAGCUGCCAAGGAAGCCGGACGAUUCCCCAUCUCACACACUUGGGACCCCCAGGAGCCUAAGCUAAUAGUCUGCCAAGCAGCUCUUCUUCCCAACAGGGAAAAGGAGGAAAAAGAGGAUGGGAAGAAAACUCCCUCGCUGACCAGAACUGUCCCUGGAGUCACCAGUAAGAUUUCAUCACUAGCCCUCUAUAGCUUUAAUAGGAUUUUACACUGCUCCCCCAAAUUUACCCAGAUUGAUUUAGUGGAGGUGAUGGUUGUCUCACUGUUCAGUUCCCCAGACAAUGGCCUGCUCAUUCAGGACAGCUACCCUCUGGAUGAUAUUUACAACUCCCUCAUGGCUGUCCAAGUCCCCUACCAUUAUUUCCUCAGAAAGCCUGGAAAUAUUCAGUCUGAAGACACAAGUGAUGAGCCUCCACCUGUAGUUAAAACUGAAAGCAUGUACUCUGUGAUAGAGAAAACCCCAUUCUUCCCCAAAAUGGUUUCCCGCAAAGUGAUGCGUGACUUUGUGGGUUUGGAAAAAAGUGACAAGAACACUCGUGAUGCUAUGAUGAACUUCAGCUUUUACCUGGCUGUGGGCAACAUGGAUGAAGCUUUUAAGGCUAUCAAACUCAUCAAGAGUGAGUCAGUGUGGGAGAAUAUGGCUAAGAUGUGUGUGAAGAGUCGCCGCCUGGACGUGGCUAGCGUGUGUCUGGGAAACAUGGGACAUGCCCGUGGGGCCAAGGCUCUCAGGGAGGCCCAGAAGGAACCAGAACUGGAUGCCCGGGUGGCCAUGCUGGCAAUACAGCUAGGCCUAAAUGAAGAUGCUGAAAGACUUCUGAAAAACUGUAAAAGAUACGACUUGCUGAAUCAGUUUUAUCAGAACAUGGGGCAGUGGGGCAAGGCCAUGGAGACAGCAGAGAUGUAUGAUCGUAUACACCUGAGAUCCACCUAUUAUAAUUACGCUAAACACCUGGAGGCUAAAGGGGAUGUUAAUCAAGCGGUGCCCAACUACGAGAAAUCUGACACCCACCGCUUUGAAGUUCCCCGCAUGCUAUUUGAUGAGCCCGAUGCUUUAGAAGCUUACAUCAUGAAGAGCAGAGACAUGAGUUUACGGAAGUGGUGGGCCCAGUACCUGGAGAGUACAGGGGACAUGGAUGCUGCUUUGCAGUUCUAUGAGGCAGCUCAAGAUUACCUAUCCCUGGUCCGCGUCUACUGUUACUGUGGCAGUAUGGAUAAGGCUUCUGACAUCUGUAACGAGACUGGAGAUAAGGCUGCCUGUUAUCAUCUGGCUCGGCAGUUUGAGAAUCAGGAUCUUAUCAAAGAGGCCAUCCAUUUCUUCACUAGGGCUCAGGCCUACGGAAAUGCUAUACGGCUAUGUAUGGAACAUGGCUUUGAGGAUCAGAUCCUGAACCUGGCUCUCCUUGGCAGGCCGGACGACAUGAUGGAUGCAGCCAGGUACUUUGAACAGAGGCCUGGCAUGCAAGACAAAGCAGUCAUGUUAUUUCAUAAGGCUGGGAACUUUGCUAAGGCUCUUGACCUGGCCUUCACUAGCAAACAGUUUGGGGCUCUGCAGAUGAUAUCUGCUGAUCUUGACGAGCACGCUGAUCCAGCCUUGUUACAGCGCUGUGCUGAUUUCUUCCUGGACAAUGGCCAGUAUGACAAGGCUGUGGACCUGCUGGGGCUGGGUAAAAAGUACUGGGAUGCUCUGAAGAUCUGUAUGGAGCAGCAUGUGAUCAUGACAGAGGAGUUAGCUGAGCGGAUGACCCCAGAAAAGGGAGACGGAGAGAAUGAUGUGCUGGAGAGGAACAAGAUACUGGAGGGGAUAGCUGAGGUCAGCAUGCACCAGGGACAGUAUCACAUCGCUACCAAGAAGUUCACUCAGGCAGGAAACAAACUCAAGGCUAUGAAGGCAUUGUUGAAGUCUGGCGAUACAGAGAAGAUAGUUUUCUUUGCUGGUGUUUCCAGACAGAAGGAAAUCUAUGUGAUGGCAGCAAAUUACCUCCAGUCAUUGGACUGGCGAAAAGACUCUGAGAUCAUGAAAAAUAUUAUUCAGUUCUACACCAAAGGCCGAGCUCUGGACUCUUUAGCUGGAUUCUAUGAUGCCUGUGCAAUGGUGGAAAUAGAUGAAUACCAAAACUAUGAGAAAGCCCUGGGGGCUUUGGGGGAGGCUUACAAGUGUAUGAGUAAAGCCAAGAUGGCCAAUGAGUCACUCCAGGAGGAAAAAUUAGGCAUCAUUAAACACAAACUGACUCUCAUCAAGAAAUUUGCUAUGGCAAGAAGGUCAUAUGAGGAGGAUUCUGAGGAGUCUGUACGUCAGUGUCAGGUCCUCCUUGAGGAGCCAGGAGUUGAGUCCGCUGUCCGUAUUGGAGAUCUUAUAGGCUUCAUUGUUGAACACUUUGCCAGGAAGGAGAAGUGGAAAGUGGCCUACAACUACAUUGAGGAGCUGAGAAUGAAAAUGCCAUCUGCAAAUUUGUCCUAUUACGUGGACAUGAGAACAAUAGAAGCCAUAUACCGUGCCUUAGAUCUGCCGCUGGGUAGUAUCAUGAAUAACAACAAGCUCAAUGGUUACCGAGGCUCACCUGAGGAGGAUGGAGAAGAGGUGGAGGAGGAGGUUGUGGAGGAACAGUAAGUGGGAGGAGCGCAAACAAAUGGGUGUUGUCAUGACCCAACAUGAAGCAGCAUUAACACUGGGUAAAGGUCACAACACUGUAUCACCAAUCACUGCUUUUCCAGAUUUACCAGUUGUCUGUGAUGUCUAGUGAAGCUUGUUACAACAGCCAGACUGGAUUCAGAGAGAGCAGAAAUACUCCCAGGAAUGCAAGACCAUAACAUAAAAUGUGAUUUUCGGGACUUGUUUGUAGUGAGGCUGUGCUUACUCUUAUCUGUUUUCGCAAGUCAGACAGACUUGAGCAUAAACACAUGCAAAUGUUUGAGAAACUCUGCAUGGAGUUUAUUUAUUUACAUGCUUCUUAAGAAGGAAAUGAACAUUUGGGAACUAAGGUAAUAUGGGUUAAUACAGCAUAAUUAUACAAUUAUUUUAUUCCAAUGAAUCACAGUCAAAUAAGUAUAUUUGUGACAUUUAUGUGUAUGUAUCUCUCAGUCUUGUAUCACACAUUUACACAGGUACAGGGUCACAGGUAGCACUAUCUCCAACACAGAUCACAUCAAGUGUGUUUUCAGUGUGAUUUUUGUGAUGAUAAAAUUCCAUGUGUGAUUUAUUAGCAUAGUAUUUUUUGCCGAGUAUGUGUAGUUACAUUUACUUUACAGUCCAAGAAAACGUGACAUUGAUAUUUGUCAGAUGUUUUUGAAUCUCGGUUCUAAGUGUUCAGUUUCCUAUAUUUCCAGGUGAAUAUUCUGCUGAAACAUUCCACUACAUCCGUCACACAGCAUCCAGUGUUCAUAAAACUUACUAACCAAUAGAAUCUGCAUGUUUUUGUAUGACACUUUUUCUAGGACCUUAUCACCAUGAUAGGCACUAUUACUCAAACCAUUUUUCACCUGUGCAGAUUUUACCUGUUGCAACAUGUUUACAUUUAACUCCGUCCAAAGGUUACAACAGCAAAAACUUCACCCGACGAUGUCUGUGUGUUACUUGAAUCUCUCAUCUUGAGUGUAUAAUGUAUGUGGGUGAAUGUACAUAUUAGCAAUCUAGUUUUGUCAUUCCUUACGUGAACACGUCCAGUCUAACUGAACUUCCAUAUGUGAUUCUGAAUCUAUUAUAUAUACAAGCAUAAAUAUAAUCAAAUAUAUACAUAAUGCAUGGAUACAUAAUACAUAUACAAUCUGCAUUCAAUCUAAUCUGUCUUCUUGUGGUUACCCUAAAUUGCCUGUAAAGAGUACAGCAGUAAGGAUAGAAUUUACGUUAAAAAGCUACAUGUACUAGUGUGGGCCUGCAGGGCAAGUCCAGAAGGCAUAAUGUCUAAUCCCUAAGUUUGGUCACAAAAAUCCAGAUGUGAUAAAAAUCAUCUCAUUCAUUUGUUAAUUUAGGUUGUAAUAUUUGUACCUUGCAUCAUACUCCUUGUUCUAUGUAAAGACUGAACCGGGUGUCCCUUUUUUAAACAGUUUUUUUUUCUAUAACAUCUGUAUUUCUUGCCUACUUGAGUGAUCGGAAGGCUUCUCAUUUACAGCAACAGUCCAUGUGAAUCCACAAAAUACAUGUACUUUUAUUGUGAAGUAUUUUUUAAGUUUAAAAGUAUAAAAUUACAAAUACGUAUAACUUUCUGGACGUACCCUAACUUUUUAAUCAUGUUCUGUAUGAAACCGUCCAUGAAUGACUGAUGUGCUGUUUUACAAAACUUUAUUAUGUAUUGAUGACCUGCAAUUUGUCAUAAUCACGGAAGACAAUAUAAGGAUUGUAUGUUUGUUAGUUUGUAACAUGAUGGUUGUUUCUCUCUUUCGUAUUGAUGACGUAUAUGUGUACAUUGAAUCCAUAUAUCCCGUCCCAGACUUGCGCUUCUUUCAGACCGUCCCUAUUUAACAAGUUGUUAUUUGACAAUAAAAUGCCACAGGCAGAUCCUGGUCUUAUUGGUGGCCUUCACUUCGUUACCUUUGUAGCUUUAUCAUCUGUCAUAUUUUACACUGGCCGAAAGGUUUAAAAGUGUUCUACACUUUGAAACCACUAAUUAACGACGAAUCUGGCCACGUUUGUAUCAAGCGUCUUAUGACUUAAGUGAAAAAUUC